GCAGCUAUUUACCAAACAGUGUUUGCAAAGCAUUGGGCUCCUCUUUCUUCAUUUAUCUAUUUAUCGAUAAAAAGAGAAACCUGUCACGGCGCUGUGCAAGUGAACCAAAACGAAAGGCAAAGUGAGUUUCGAUUACGAAAAAUGGCGUGUCGCUCUGUCAUUUCAUCUUCUCUUCACAUAACUAACUCCAUGGCCAUAAAGGGUGUUCUCUCCUUCGCGCCCAACCCUCCUCUUCUUCAUCGUCUCCCCAAAGCUGUCACCUUUGUUUCCUUUUCUGCUUCCACUAAACCCCCCACUAAGUCAUUUCAAGUGAGAUCAGUGGCUUCUACUACAGAAGCUGCAUCAGGGUUUGAUGAGAUGGUUUCUGGGACUACGAGGAAGUAUUACAUGCUAGGAGGGAAAGGGGGUGUAGGGAAGACAAGCUGUGCAGCUUCACUCGCUGUUAAAUUUGCCAAUAAUGGACACCCCACUCUUGUGGUUUCCACUGAUCCAGCACAUUCUUUGAGUGAUUCUUUUGCUCAGGAUUUGACAGGGGGUGCGUUGGUGCCUGUGGAAGGACCUGAUUAUCCACUUUUUGCUCUUGAAAUAAACCCUGAGAAAUCUAGGGAAGAGUUUCGAAAUGCUGCCCAAAAAAAUGGUGGAACUGGAGUCAAAGACUUCAUGGAUGGCAUGGGUCUUGGAAUGAUUGCAGACCAGUUGGGAGAGCUAAAACUGGGAGAGUUACUGGAUUCACCUCCUCCUGGACUGGAUGAAGCCAUUGCAAUCUCCAAGGUUAUGCAAUUUCUUGAUUCACAGGAGUAUAGCAUGUUUACUCGAAUAGUAUUUGAUACAGCACCUACGGGUCAUACAUUGCGAUUGUUGUCAUUGCCUGAUUUCUUGGAUGCAUCCAUCGGGAAGAUACUGAAGCUAAGACAAAAGAUAGCUUCCGCUACCUCAGCAAUUAAAUCCGUGUUUGGGCAAGAAGAAACCCGGCAGAAUGCGUCUGACAAAUUGGAGAAACUUAGGGAGAGGAUGAUAAAAGUGCGGGAUCUCUUUCGUGAUACUGAUUCAACUGAAUUUGUCAUUGUUACAAUCCCCACGGUGAUGGCAGUUAGCGAGUCAUCUAGAUUGAGUGCUUCCUUGAAGAAGGAAAAUGUUCCUGUGAAGAGACUUAUUGUCAACCAGAUCCUUCCACCGUCUACAUCCGAUUGCAAGUUUUGUGCUAUGAAAAGAAAGGAUCAGAUGCGUGCUCUUGAUAUUAUUCAGAAUGAUCCAGAUCUCUCCAGCUUAUUGAUGAUCCAGGCACCACUCGUUGAUGUAGAGAUAAGAGGUGUUCCAGCUCUCAAAUUUCUGGGUGACAUUAUUUGGAAAUGACUACCACACAGUUACUCAAGUAGUGAUUAGGUUAAAUUUAGUAAUUUGCUGAAGUUGGCAGUUGAACCAUAGAUUGAUCGCAUGACACAAGCUUAUCAGAUUUAUAUAAUGAAGUUGUAGAGAGAGCAUUUGAGAUGUUCAAAUUCCGAUACUGGCAGUUCUUAAAGAGGCACUGGCUUCCAUUAUUUACAAGCUAGAGUUUCAAAACAGCAGAAAACUUUUUUUGUUUUUCACAUUAUAAACAGUGUUAUUGUAUAUUUAUUGCUCCAGUACUUGUAUUGUAUCUAUACUAUUUUUUUAGUUCUCUCCACAUUUGGUCCUUUUAUGUUGGGGAUUGUGAUCUUUUAUGUUUAUAAGUGCUGACUGUUCUUGAUGCACAAAUGAAACAACAUAAGAAAAGUUACAUUUCACAUAGUGAUUAUUCAUUUCAAAUACGGGUUUGUUUUUA